AUGGAACAAUUUCGGCAAGACAUUGUCGAACGCAAUGGCCUAACGAUGCUGUUCAAGGAGAUCAAGGACAAGGAGACGAUUCAAGACCUCAGCUUACAAUAUCAGAAAUUUGCCGAAUGGCUACGCAUCGAAGUUGCGGCUACGAUAUAUCACCUCUUCCUCGCCGAAGACAACUCACCAGAGUUGUUUGCCCAAGCGAAGAGGAUUCACUCUCUGAUUCCCUACACUCUCAUGAAGAACGCCAUCCGGAUAGCCAACCCAGCAGCCGUCAUGUCCCACAUUCUGGACAUCUUCCUCGCCCAACCCUUUGGCGCCCGGUCGUUGAUGCAAAGGAUAUUCUCCCUCACGUUGAACGACGGCAUCCGAAACUUUCAGCGCUCUAUCGACGCGCUCGCAGCCAAGAUCAACGACCAAGUCUUUGUCGACAAGCUCAAGGCUUACAGCGACUCGGAGGAGCAGGUCAAGGUGGCCAUCCGGGAAGAGGCCGAGGCAGAGCAGAUUGAUGUCAUAGUGGUGAUUUUGAGGAGUGACUUGCUCAAGCCGGCGCUGAAGCCGGCCCAGAUUGAGAGACUGUAUAAUGCGUAUGUGGCGUUCAACAGCGCGGUGGAGAACGUGGACGAGGAGCUGAAGCAGGGGGCGCAGCUGUUUUCGUAUCUGAAGCAGUUGCUGAAGCUGCACAUGCGGCAGAGGGACAAGGCGAUGAUGCUGAACCUGAUUGAGGAGCCGGUGACGCUGCAGCUGUUUAGGGAUUUGUUUACGAUCUUUUACGAGCCGCUUGUGAGGGUGUACAAGUCGGCGAAUGUGUAUAACAGUGUGACGGAUUUUGCGGCGUUUGUGGAUGAUUUGAUUCAGGUCGUUGAAAAGUGCCGAGACCAAGACGCUUCUGCAGACCCUAACCAGACCGUGCAAGCCUUCAUCGACCUUUGCCAGCGGCAUGAGCACAAUUUUUACAAGUUUGUCCACGAGGUUCACACGCACGACAAUGGGCUUUUCACGCAGCUGAUGGGGUGGAUUGAGGGCAUUCUGGAGUUUUUGAGGCAUGGCCCCAAGAACGGCAGUCUGGAUAUCAACGCCUUGUUUGAAGGGGGUGUCAGCACUGGAGUUGUCGACAAGGACAAGGCCAUUGAGGAGAUUGACAAGUUGAUUGCCUGGCAGGAGGCCAGAAAGAAGUGGCAUCACGACAAGACUAGGCAGAAGAUGGCUGCGGAAGGGGGUGGCCCGGGGAUGGUGGAUGGGGUGCCGAUGGCGUUCAAAUCGAGUGAUUUUGGGUUGAAUGAGGAUGAUUUGGAGGAUAUGGCGUAUGAUGACGAUUCGGAGUCGGAGGCGGAGCUGGAGAUUGAGGAUGAAAUGGAUCCGAUUGAGGCAGAGAGGAGGAGGAGGGCGAGGAGGCAGGAUCGGCUGAGGAGGAAUGCCGGGGAGCCGGAGAAGCCUCAGGUGGAGGAGGUGCACAAGCUGAAGGAGAACUUUUUGGUGAUGUUGAGGAUGGUGCUUGCUGAGUAGGAUGAGGCGGUGGCAUUUUGGGGAGGAGGGGGGUGGGCAUGUGCAGUUGGGGGCACGGGACUUGGGAGGGGAGGUGUCAUCAUGGGCAUCUGGACUGGUUUUUGGGGGGGUAUGAGGUGAGGUGGAGUAUUUAGAGGGGUGAUAGAUGGGAUCUUUGCUACAGUGUUAAGAGGCUUGUUGUUGAGGGUAAGGCAAUAGGAGGGUAAAGGGGGAUACAUUCUUUCCUAUUUAUCUCCAUGUAGUUGAAGAAGCGAUAGCUUUUUGGUGGCGUUGGUGGGGGACGGCGGUCGUCCCAAUCUAACAGAUCAGUUUAAUAUUUUGUUUACUGUUGACUGUCAUUG